CGAACAGUAACCCAGUCCGAGCAACCGCAGUCAGUGGAUGUUGAGGUUGAAAAUUAUUUGAUGCAAGGCAUUCGAGCGAUCAGCAAGGAUGCCUGGAAGGCAAUGUAUUGCAAAUCGAUUACACUGAAAUUCCGCAGAAGAAAGAUGGAAGCCAAGGUGAGGCAAAAAAUCAUUGAUUGA